CUAUGAAGUAUUCGCCUGCCUGGUUGGAUUUAGAGUUUUUUGACAAUCUUUCUUAGAAAUGUAUUUUACACAGUUAGUUUUCUUCAUUUUUAGUAAUUUUAUAUUUCAAUGUAUCGUCUGCAGCGUGAGUAACAACAGCGAGAAGAUUUUUGAUUACUGUUCUCACCCGGACUGCUCUUUAAAAAAUCAACAUACGAUGUGUGUAGCUAAGAACAAGCAUAGUCCACGACUGUUUGCUUCAGGCAUGACUACUUGGAUGAAAUAUCAAAUACUUCAGCUACAUAAUCGACACAGAGACAAUAUUGCCAUGGGUUUAGAAGCAGGUCAGCCACCUGCUGCUAAUAUGCGCAAGAUGUACUGGGAUUACGAACUUGAGGAAAUGGCUGAGACCUGGGCGCGGCAAUGUCAAAAACGACAUGAUGAAUGCAGAAACACAAUACGGUUUAACGUCAUACAAAAUAUGGAUGUGCGACCUGUAGUGCCACGUGUAACAGUGGCUCAAAUUUUAGCCGAUACUGUGGGUGCGUGGUUUUCAGGGUCUAGAACCUUGCCACCAGAAUAUGUUUGGUCCUUCAAACCGACCAAUUGUAGUGCCCCAGGUGGGUGCAAUGCACAUUGGUACUCGGCCGCAGCAUGGGCUUCGACAUGGCGAAUAGGUUGCUCGCAGGCUUUAUGUACGGUGAGACAGAGUUCUUGCAUUUUAUUCCGUAAAAGACGAACUUUGCAAGCUCAUGUUGGAAAUUCUACAGAUACAAUUACGCGAACUACUACGAAGGAAAACAUACUGCGCCGAACUAAGUACAUGACCACUGUUAGAUCAACACGUCUUGAACACUUUGGGACUACGGUGAAAAGAGGCGAUGGCGAAUCUCCGUUGUAUCGGGGAAUUUCGGAUUUGGCAGAUCAAGGAAAAAAGGCGAAGGGGCCAAAUAUAAUGGCCUACAUAUUUUGUAACUACGGGCCUGCGGGAAAUAUUGAUGGGUUUCCUAUAUAUGAACCCGGCGUAACUUGCAGCAACUGUCCAUAUGGCACCUUGUGCGGAGUUGGAACUCAUAGAGCAUUAUGUUCACUUGUAGGUGAUCCUGAUAAUAAAGAUUAACUGGAAAAUAAAUAAUUAAAGAGUUAUUUAUA